GACAUAUGACAUUCAACAUUUUACGAUAAAAAUUGAACAAUUUGUGUUUGUACUUAUCAGCUUGAUAUCGUAUUAAUUUAUAAGUAUCGGUUAAUUACUAAAUUGUUUUAAUAAUAAUAGUAAUUUCAUUAUGACAGCAACAGACGAACGUUUUCAUAUCGAUUGGGGUAAUGAAAAAUUACACAGGACUCAAAAACAAGUAGAAAGGAAUCCUCACGAUCUUGAAGCUUGGUCUAUACUUCUCAGAGAAGCCCAGUCGAAACACAUUUCAGAAGUUAGAUCAUUGUACGAACAUGUAAUAGGAAUUUUUCCUAGUGCAUCGAGAUAUUGGAGAAUCUACAUUGAACAUGAGAUGAAAGCCAGAAAUUUCGAAAGGGUGGAGAAGCUUUUUCAAAGGUGCUUGAUGAAGAUCCUAAAUAUCGAGUUGUGGAAAUUGUAUCUCAAUUAUGUUAAAGAAACGAAAGCUUCUCUGCCAACCUACAAGGAAAAAAUGGCUCAAGCUUACGAUUUUGCCCUCGAUAGGAUAGGAAUGGAUAUACAUUCAUAUCCAAUUUGGAACGACUACGUUAAUUUUUUAAAAGGAGUUGAAGCUGUAGGUUCCUACGCUGAAAAUCAGAAAAUAUCAGCCAUCAGAAAAGUGUAUCAGAGAGGAAUUAUAACUCCUAUGACAGGCAUGGAGACUUUUUGGAAAGAUUAUAUAUCUUUUGAACAGAAUAUAAAUGCUAUUAUCGCUGAAAAGAUGAGUAUUGAAAGAAGUAGAGAUUAUAUGAACGCUAGGCGCGUGGCCAAAGAAUUGGAAGUACAGAUUAGGGGUAUCAAUAGGAAUGCACCAAGUAUUCCACCAGGAGGAACACCGGAAGAAAGGAAACAGGUUGAAUUAUGGCAAAAAUACAUAGCUUGGGAAAAAAGUAACCCUCUUAGAACAGAAGAUACAGCAUUGUUAACGAAAAGGGUAGUAUUUGCCCUCGAACAAUGUUUGCUCUGCCUAGGUCAUCAUCCUGAUAUUUGGUAUCAAGCCGCGCAAUUUUUGGAAUACAGUUGCAAAAUACUCGCAGAAAAGGGGGAUGUGAAUGCUUCUAAAUUGUUCAGCGAAGAAGCAGCAAAUAUGUUUGAAAGAGCCACCAGCACUCUAUUGAAUAAAAAUAUGCUUUUGUAUUUUGCUUAUGCAGAUUACGAAGAAGGUAGAUUGAAAUAUGAGAAAGUACAUCAAAUUUAUAAUAAAUAUUUAGAAAUCACCGAUAUAGAUCCGACACUGGCUUAUAUCCAAUACAUGAAGUUCGCUCGACGUGCGGAAGGCAUCAAAUCAGCUAGAGCAGUUUUCAAAAAAGCUCGAGAAGAUCCUCGUUCCAAAUAUCACCUGUUCGUUUGCGCUGCUCUAAUGGAAUACUAUUGCAGCAAAGAUAAGAAUAUAGCUUUCAGAAUAUUUGAAUUGGGUUUGAAAAAAUUCGGCGCCAUCCCCGAAUAUAUUACUUGUUAUAUAGAUUACCUUUCCCAUUUGAAUGAGGAUAACAACACUAGAGUCUUAUUUGAAAGAGUUUUGUCUUCAGGUAGUUUAGAACCAGAAAAAUCCGUCGAUAUCUGGAACCGAUUUUUAGAAUUCGAAAGUAACAUCGGUGAUUUACAGUCCAUAGUGAAAGUCGAAAAACGAAGAUCCGAAGUUUUAUCUAAAAUAAAAGAAUUUGAAGGCAAAGAAACAGCUCAGUUAGUGGACAGAUAUAGAUUUUUAGAUUUGUUUCCUUGUUCGCCACAAGAAUUAAAAAGUAUCGGAUACACAGAGGUAAUUAAUAUUACAGGAGCUGCUAGUAAAAAUCAUAUAUUGCAAUCCAUUAUUGAAUUUGAACCAGAUACACCUCUACCGGUUCCAGAUUUUUCCCAAAUGAUUCCUUAUAAACCUAAAUCGAAUCCUUUACCUGGAGAACAUCCCAUACCGGGUGGGGCUUUUCCUCAACCUCCAGCGGCGGCUCAUUUAUGUACACUGUUGCCACCACCAAAUUGUUUUAGAGGUCCAUUCGUCCACAUAGAUAUACUAAUGGAUAUUUUCAAUAGGAUAUAUUUACCAGAAAAUUUUCCAACUCCAGCAGAAAGUGGCGGAGAUGUUCGUUUAUUCGAUCUAGCGAAAUCUGUGCAUUGGAUAGUAGAAGAAGGCGGCGGUAUCGGACUCAAAAAACGGAAGAGAUUGGGGUUAGGUUUAGAUGGAUCGGAUGAUGAAGAUACACCGUUACCACCUAUGAAUGAUAUUUAUAGACAAAGGCAACAGAAGCGGGUGAAGUAGUUUGAAAUUAUCAAAAAUACAGCAAAUGUUCGAUAGUUCUAUUAAAACUAAUAUCUAAUUCUUCUCAAUGUAUUUGACGAUUAGAGCUAUAAAUAAUCGUCGGUUUAAAAAAAACCACAAUUUUAUUUUUUCUUAUAUGUAUUUGGGUUAACUGUAUAUAAAUUUGAAUUUCUGUACUUUGUCUGUAACAUUUAUAUGAUAAAGUAGCAAUUUAAUUUUUGUACAAUAUUUUUAAAUUAUAUUUAUAGUACUAAGUUUUUGUCUCUUUUUUUUAAAGCAGCUAUUUUGAGAUAUAGGACGUUAAAGUAAAAUUGAAUUAAAGUUUGGUCAAUAUUUAUUUAAAUAGCAAUUACAUCUGGUCAUAAUUCAAUACAAAUAUAUACAGGAAGUUAAAAUAAUUUCAGAUUCUACAGUUUAUAACGACUAGUGGCAGAAAUUAUAGACUGCAAUAAAAUGUAUACUUAUAAUACAGAACGAGCCAAAAAUUUGUGUAAAAUUUCAAUAUAAAAUGUAGGAUUGACUAAACUUUUCACUCCUCAUUGGAACAGGUAUCAUCUUUCCACUGUUUUGCAGUAUUUCUAGUUUACAAAAUUUUUGAUAUAAAAAUCACGUUUUUUUGUUUAAUUAUUAUGACAACUUGUACUUGUGUCCGUCGUUAACGUUUAAUAAAUGUUUUGUGUUUAAAUAAGCUAAAAGGGCACGAUAGAUCCUUUGAGUCCUAAUGUACAUAACAAUCUCUUAUAACAUACAAGAAUCUAAAAAUUCCUACAUUAUCUAGAAUUCUACACAAAUUACCGGAUUUCUCUUAAAUAUGUAUUAAAAAUAAUGUAGAACUUAUUAUAAAUCUCAAAUGAUUUUCUUAUUACAUAGAACUUAUAUCUACCCAAACUCCACGCUUAAACCCUGAAAUACAUAUAAUUCUAUGAUAGAUAUAUUUCUAUUUUAUCACAAAUGAGUAUUCAAACAGAUUUUAACUCAUUCAUCUUACAAGAAAUGGCUUUGACUAAAAAAAAUAUAAAGUUAAAAAUUUCCACUUUUCUAAUAAUUUUUUUAAAUUAAUUUCAAAUUCUAUUUAUAACAAAUUUUUAUUUUUUUUUAAUAGUCAGUUAUUACUAGUACUGACAGUUUAAAUUAUUUUAACUCUGUUUCAUUUAAAUAUAGUUUUCAAAUAUU